CUACACUGCAGAUCUUAAUUCAGAGAUUCGCAACAAAUAUUUACCUCAAAUGAUUUGCCAAGUUCAGACGUGUUGUCAUUCGCUUUGCUCAGCCCGUUGCGUCCAGUUCUAUAAUAACAGUGUAGCAGCAGUUGUGCUGCUGAAUUACUGAGGCACCAGGUAUUUCCCGGCACCAAUUAAGUAAGCAAAGACAAAAAAUAGAAAAAACAAACACAGUGUAGUGCAAUCAAGAGGCGUUGAAAUAGUGCUCGUGCUCACUACGCUUAGCCAUUAGUGUGUGUGCUCUUCCCGUUGAACGGAGCGUCGGUGUAAAUCUUCUGUUUACUCGCGAAUAUCAGCAGCUCAGCAUGUGCUCUGCAAAUCUACACACGCUCAUAUUUAUCUGCAGCAUUUCGACGCUGUUACGCUCUGCGAUCGCGCAGCUGGAGAUACCACCCAUAGCUUGUCCCGAGUACUUUCGAUAUGUGAGCGACGGCUUCACCUACUAUGGCCUGAUCACAUUGCCGCAAGUGGCAGUGGGUAGGGCUGAAGUGCGUGCGCAUUUCUGUCAGCGCGGUCUGCCCACUUCGGGUUUCCAUGGUCGCAUCAGUCCGUAUCCGGAUGAGAGCACCGUUGUGCGAAAUGUAUUUAAUCAUCAACCUGCUACUUUUCGUGUGGAUUUCGAUAACCCCAGCAAUCCGCCGAAAUUAACACUACUUUCAUUAGAUGGCAACGAUUUAUGCUUGAGUUCUGAUUAUCCACCACCUAAUUCAUGGUCGAAACUGUUUUACCAACUGUAUACAUAUAAGGCCGGCGGAAAUAGCAUAACGAUAUCGAAUGGUCCCAUUCGAUUGAGGCCAAUUGACUUAGACCCUAGACCGAAUUAUUAUCAAACUGACCCUAUCUAUCCACCGUUCGGACCCAAUUUCUUCCGAAAUCCGAGUGUUAGUAAUAAAUUUAAUACACCAACAACGAGAUCAACAGAAGUCACGCGAAAACCUACAGUAAACACAAACAGCGCAGUAGCUUCAGGUGACUUAGCAGGAAUUUGUGGUAAAGAAGGUAAUGUGGUCCGUGGUUUCGUCUAUGGGGGAGAUGAAGUCUCACGUGGUCAGUUCCCUUGGCUAACCGCAAUCUAUAACAAGGUCCCAGAUGGGUUGAAUUUCAAGUGCGGUGGUACUUUGAUUUCACGACGUACUGUAAUCUCAGCAGCGCAUUGUUUUAAUGAUUUAAAAAAAGAUCAGAUUGUGCUCUACUUUGGACGAUACAAUCUUCAGAGCUAUAGUGAAGACAGCAUUGUACUCCGCGAAGUAAAACAACUCAUUAUCCAUACGGAUUAUGUGAUCAAUCAACCCAAUGCUGAUUUAGCCUUACUACAAAUCGAGGCGCUCGAAAAAUUCUCAGAGUACAUAAAGCCAAUUUGCUUGAGUGAAUUAGAUGAGAGUCCUCCUGUAGGAAAAACGGCUUCAGUGAUUGGUUGGGGUUAUAAGAGUGAAGAGGAAAAAAACAUAUCAUCGCUACCGAAAGUAGUCGAUGUCAAAGUCGUCAGUAAUGGCGACUGUCUAAGUUCUUCGGAGGCGUUUCAAACAAUCGUCACAGACAAAACGAUUUGUGCAGGCAAUCGUGAUGGCACUGGACCCUGUAUAGGUGACUCAGGUGGCGCUUUAAUGUUGUUUCGCAAUAAUCGCUGGGUUUUACGAGGUGUUGUUUCUGCGGGUCAUUCAUCUCAUUACCAUUGUGAUUUGUUUCAAUACGUUGUCUACUGCGAUACUGUGAAAUAUAUGACAUGGAUUAGGCAGAAUCUUUUGGAUUAGUACUAAAAUGAAGUUAUGUUCUGAACAACUAAUUCUUAUUGAAUCUGAUACUAUUUAGUGCUAAAAUAUUAAGAAUAAAAUGUUGAUAAAUAAUACAUAGAAUAUAAUAGUAUAUAUAAAUGUUAUAAACUUAAUAA